UUUCCAUGGAGUUAGAAGUGAAGUUGGGAUCCAGUAAAUGAUCAGUAAAAACUGGGGUGAAGACAUCUUAAACCAGAGGAAUGAUUCUCUAGUUGUGGAGUUUCAGUCAUCAGCCAGCAGAUGCAGGAGUGUGUAUGAGCCAGAUAGGAAUGCAUUACGGAGGAAAGAACGAGAGAGAAGAAACCAGGAAACUCAACAGGACGGUGGCGCAUUCAGUUCCAACUACUCCCUCUUCAGUGAGCCCUACAAGACUAACAAGGGGGAUGAGCUGUCCAACCGGAUCCAGAAUACUUUAGGCAAUUAUGAUGAAAUGAAAGACUUUUUAACUGAUAGAUCCAAUCAGAGUCAUCUUGUUGGCGUCCCCAAACCAGGGAUUCCUCAGACUCCUGUGAACAAGAUCGAUGAACAUUUUGUUGCAGAUUCAAGAGCCCAGCCCCAGCCCCCAUCUGUCUGUAGCACUGCAUCCUCCACACCAGCAGCUGGCCCUGGACAGCAGAAUAAGAGAGGCGCUGUGGGCUGGCAGAAGGCUGGGCACCCACCAUCUGAUGGCCAGCAGAGAACAGCACAACAGGGCUCUCUCAGGACCUUGCUUGGAGAUGGUGUUGGCAGACAGCAGCCACGGACCAAACAAGUUUGCACUAUGGAGGUGGGGCUUCCAACCCAGGAAAGGCCACCUGCAAUGGCAGCCAAGCACAGCAGUGCUGGACACUGCGUUCAAAACUUUCCUCCAUCCCUGGCUUCAAAACCCAGCCUGGUUCAGCAGAAACCAACUGCAUAUGUGAGACCAAUGGAUGGCCAGGAUCAAGCUCCUGAUGAGUCUCCCAAGCUGAAAUCAUCCACGGAAGCUGGUGUGCACUGUGCAUCCUACAGGGGAGUCCCAGCCAGCAAGCCAGAGUCAGCCAGGGCCAAGGCCAAGCUUUCCAAGUUCAGCAUCCCUAAGCAAGGAGAGGAGAGUAGAUCUGGAGAAAGCAACAGCUGUGUGGAAGAAAUAAUCCGGGAGAUGACCUGGCUUCCACCACUUUCUGCUAUUCAAGCACCAGGCAAAGUGGAACAAAGCAAAUUUGCAUUUCCCAAUAAGGACUCUCAGCUGGUAUCCUCUGGACACAAUAACCCAAAGAAAGGUGAUGCUGAGCCAGAGAGUCCAGACAAUGGUACAUCGAAUACAUCAAUGCUAGAAGAUGACCUUAAGCUAAGUAGCGAUGAAGACGAGAGUGAACAGCAGGCCGCCCAGAGAACAGCUCUCCGAACACUAUCUGACAGCACCACGGUCCAGCAGACCAACUGCAGGGGCUCCGUGCCAUCUAGCAAGGGCAGUAGCAGCGGCAGCAGCAGCAGCAGUAGCAGCUCUUCCAGCGACUCAGAGAGCAGCUCAGGAUCCGACUCAGAGACUGAGAGCAGCUCCAGCGAGAGCGAGGGCAGCAAGCCGCCCCACUACUCCAGCCCUGAGGCCGAACCAGCAUCCUCCAACAAGUGGCAGCUGGAUAAAUGGCUCAACAAAGUCAACCCCCACAAGCCGCCCCUGCUGACCCAGAGUGACGGGCCCGGGCCUGAGGGUGCACAGUACUACCCGGUGGGGAAGGAGGACGCGCAGGACUGCGGGAAGCUGCCGGAAGCGGGCCCGGCCGUGCUGCGCGACAAGGACGUCAAGGGUGCCUGCAAGGAGGAGCAGAGGCCACGGACAGCCAACAAGGCCCCGGGCAGCAAGGCGUCCAAGGAGUUCAUCGAGACCGAGUCUUCGUCGUCCUCGUCCUCUUCCUCGGAGUCGGACCUGGAGUCGGAGCAGGAGGAGUACCCGCUGUCCAAGGCUCAGGCGACCACGGGCUCCGCCACCUCCGCAGGCGGUGACCAGAGACUGAAGGAGGCCGGUGGCGUCCCCGCGGGUGCGGGCCCACGGGCCCCGGUAGGCUCCAUCAACGCCAGGACCACCAGCGACAUCGCCAAGGAACUGGAGGAGCAGUUCUACACACUGGUUCCCUUCGGCCGCAAUGAACUCCUCUCCCCUCUGAAGGACAGUGAGGAGGUCAGGUCUCUCUGGGUCAAAAUUGACCUGACUCUGCUGUCCAGGAUCCCGGAGCACCUACCCCAGGAGCCAGGGAUCCUGAGUGCUCCAGCUGCCAAGGACCCUGAGGUGGCAGCACCUGGCCACGCAUUAGACACGACCCCUGAAAAGGCACUGCCGAAGUCCAAGAGGAAACGCAAGUGUGACAAUGAAGAUGAAGACCGGGAGUUGAAGAAGGCCCAGGGAGAGAAAGAAAGCUCUUCACGACUGGCCACCUCUGCCAAUAAUACCUCGUCUGCAAACCACUGCAAUAUGAACAUCAACAGCUUGGCAAUACCAGUAAAUAAAAAUGAAAAAAUGCUCCGGUCACCCAUAUCUCCCCUCUCCGAUGUGUCUAAACACAAAUAUUCCAGCGAGGACUUAACCUCUUCCAGCCGACCUCAUGGCAAUGGUGUGUUCACUUCCUCUUCUUCCAACAGAAAGCCUAAGGCUGACAGCCAGCUGCAGUCACAUGCCGGUGACCUCACGAAAACAGCUCACAGCUCUGAAAAUGGUGUCCUCCACAGCAAGUCACGACCACAGACAGAGCCCUGGUCUCCAGGCUCCAAUGGCCACAGAGACUGCAAGAGACAGAAACUGGUCUUCGACGAUAUGCCUCGCAGUGCAGAUUAUUUUAUGCAGGAAGCUAAACGAAUGAAGCAUAAAGCAGAUGCAAUGGUGGAAAAGUUUGGAAAGGCUUUGAACUAUGCCGAGGCAGCCUUAUCAUUUAUUGAGUGUGGAAACGCAAUGGAACAAGGCCCGAUGGAGUCCAAAUCUCCGUACACCAUGUACUCAGAAACAGUGGAGCUCAUCAGGUAUGCUAUGAGACUAAAAACCCACUCAGGUCCCAAUGCCACACCAGAGGACAAACAGCUAGCUGCGUUAUGUUACCGAUGCCUGGCUCUCCUGUACUGGCGGAUGUUUCGACUGAAACGGGACCAUGCUGUAAAGUACUCAAAAGCACUCAUCGACUAUUUCAAGAAUUCCUCCAAGGCUGCCCAGGCCCCAUCUCCUUGGGGGACCAGCGGAAAGAGCACUGGAACCCCAUCCCCCAUAUCUCCCAACCCCUCUCCCACCAGCUCCGUGGGGUCUCAGGGUAGCCUCUCUGGUGCCAGCACCCUGUCCCCAUCGACCAUCGUCAGCAUCCCGCAGCGCAUCCACCAAAUGGCAGCCAAUCAUGUCAGCAUCACCAACAGCAUCCUCCACAGCUACGACUACUGGGAGAUGGCCGACAACCUGGCCAAGGAAAACAGAGAAUUCUUCAACGACCUGGAUUUGCUCAUGGGGCCCGUCACCCUGCACAGCAGCAUGGAGCACCUAGUCCAGUACUCCCAGCAGGGUCUGCACUGGCUGCGGAACAGCACCCACCUGUCAUAGGGACCUCACCCUUGAGCUAGCUUGUGCUCUUGUCUCCAUGGACUGCUCCCAAGUUUUUGGACACUGUGCUACUGAAAUUCCCAGCCACAGAAUUUACCAGACUGCGGUGAACAUUUCCUCGGCAUCAGACAAUGACCUUUUCCCAGGGCAUGUGUGUUCAUGUGUGUGGGUGUAUACCACGCUGCCUGUGUAUGUGUGUAAAACACACAGCUCUUCAGCACACAUUUUAUUUGUCUAGUUUCCAUAACCUCAGGCUAGACAGAGUGACCAGAGGUUCCUGAUUAGAGAAAAUACACACGUGCACCCACACACACAUUCACAGACACAUUCUUUCUAUUCCAGUGCUACACCAUGACUUCUUAGAAAAAUUCAACCAAAAUCUCUUGGGUUAGUCAACAAGGUGCAGUACAGCACACCAAAAGCUUAACUGCCAGUUAAGAUGAACCCUAGCUCUUAUAUUAUUGAUUACUUUGAGUAUUAAUAUACUAUUCCCUAAUUAUUUUUGACUGGUGUGUAUUAAUGGAUAAUUGAUCAUGAAAACAAGUCAGUUAUUUUUGUGCCAGAAGUUUAUUAGAUUACAUGUUACCAAAUGCCCUGCCCUUCCUCUUAUCCUCUCUCCUCCAUCCGACAUUAUUGUCAGUUAAACACAUUCCAAGCACAUGGUCUGAUUCCCACAAGCCCUCUUUGCCCCACCCCCAUAUUGUUUGAAAAUGGUACCCAGAUUUGGUAAAAACUCAGUGUCUUUGAAAUUUAACACACAUGAAAGUGUCAAUGACUAUGUUUCUGAGCUCCAUUAGGAAUUGAAGUCUGUACCUGUGACGGGUUCCCCAGGGCCAUGCAUUUCCUCCUCCUGCCACUGUGACCCACAUGGCUUUUGUCGGCCAAUAUGUUUCAAGUCUCUUCUUUCCACGGUAGCUUUCUUACAAACUUUCUUGGCCAAAUAAGGACAUUACCCGAAAUGUUCCUUCACUAGGAGCCUAGCUGUUGCUUCUCAGUCUGAGAGCUAUUUAUGAUCACAAUGCUGUCUGAUUCUCACGCUUCACACAGAAUGUGCCUCUGCAGGCCUUUGGGGCAUUAUGAUUUGGGGGAUAUUUUUCAGGCUUUGUUUAGCAAGCUGCUUACAGUUAUUCCUGCAAGGAUUGCUAUUCUAUUUGCAGUAGCAAUGACCAGAGCAUCUUGCUUAUAUCUUGCGCAUCUCUUAUGUUUACGUCUUACUAUGGUUCUUUUCCUUUCCUUUGUUUGUCUGUUUGUUUUAAGUUUACAUUUUAGUUUUUGAUAUCUUGUUUACAGUGUUUGUCUGAACUUUAUUUUAUGGUGUUUGGUUAUGCCCUAGUGUUAGUUUUCUUGUUAAAUAUAUUUGGAUAUGAAAUAUUGGUAAACCUCCCAAAAGAUAAGGGACUCUCUUGCCAUAUUUUGAAAACAUAAAAUAGUGUCUUUGACUUACUUGACAUAAUUGUACUGGGUUGGUUUGAGAGACAGGUGAGGCAGUCUGUGGAAUGAGCCCUGUUCAUGGUGAUAGUGGCACAGGAUAUAUUAGAUAGAUGCUAAAAUAUGUCUUCACUGAUCUUAUGGAUUUGGUUUCCAUGUUAACAUUUUUGUCAGUCUGACCCAUAGGUGGGAAAUAAGACUGUUGUAAUUCCCAAGCACUAAGCAUUGCUUCAAAAAUGUACAAAAGAUCGAACAACUUUGGUGAUUUGAAAUUAAUUGACAAUGAGCAAGUGAAAUUUGCAUCAGUCUUUGAGCUUCAGGCACUUGAAAAUAGUAAGAGUACAAGUUUGAGUAUCCUUUAUCCAAAAUACUUGGGACUAGAAGUAUUUUAGAUUUCACAUUUUAGAAUAAUCACAUGUACAUAAUGAGACAUCCUGGGAUUGAGACCCAAGCCUAAACAUGAAGUUCAUUUCUGUUUCAAAUACACUUUAUACACAUAGUCUAAGGCAGUGGGGGGAACCUAUGAAAUGCUGUUUGAUAUCAUUGAACGCUCUAACAGGUUCACCAUCACUGGCCUAAGGUAUCAGUCUUACACAGUACUCUUAGUGCACUUGUUGUUUUGUCUGUGACAGCCACAUGUGGUCAGGGAUACAAUUUGCCACUUACAGCAUCAUAUUGAUGUUCAAAACAUUUUAGAUUUUAGAGUACUUUGGAUUUGGGAUUUUUAUGUUAGGGAUGCUUAGCUUGUAUUUCCAUUUCAUAUUUAUCCAUAUAAGUUGUUUCUUACAUCCAUUUCACUAAUAGUUGGCAGAGUUCAUGAUCCCAUCCGAUGAUGGAAUUUUGAAUCUAACUUUUAAAAUUUUGAACAAUUUUCUUUUCUCCAGGACUGAGAGUGUGUUCUACUUAUUCAUGGUGAAUUCUGAUGAAAAGUUUCAACUGUCACUUAAAGGGAUGACCCUUGGGGUCUGCCAUGCUUCCCCAGGGAGCUUUCCUGGUCUUGUCCACCUUUAAAGUUGCAAGCCUUAUAAAGCACUGUGUGUGGGCUUCCCCAGAAGCCCCAUCUCAUGGUGCACAUGGCCUCUAGCUAGUUGUGCUGGCAUUGUUUCAUCAAGAUGCUGACCACCAAGGUUUUCCAACAAAACCUUUAGAAACUGGUCAUUUUGGGGGACAGUAAGAGCGUGCAGGACCUGUCAGUGCCUCCCGUUCAUCUGUAGAGCAUGUCAGGGCAGCAGUUGGGUGUAGAUGAUAUUGGUAAGAAACCAUCUUGUAAUUGUUGCUUGUGGAAGUCAUUCAUAACUUGUCCCCCCCCCCUUUUUUUUUUUUAGUUUGGUUCCAAGUUGAAACAUCUUUCUUGUGUUUUCAUAGUAUAAAAGUGAUACCUUUUCAUUGUAAAAAUUCAAACAAUGCCGAAGUGUAGAAAGUAGGAAGUGUAAGUCUAAAUGUCUGAAACAACCACAGCUCACAGUCUGAUGUACUGUCCUUCCACAAAUUCUUGAAUUUAAACAUGUAGCAUUUAUUACCAUUUCUUUGUAUUUAAAGACAUAUUUCCUCAGAAGUUCAACACAAGUUCAACUGAUCUUAUCUGUCAUGACCUAAAUGGAAACCAUCCUUUAUCACUUUGCUAGAAUUAUCUUUGAAAGAGAGUAGCUCAAAUAUAUUCUUGAUCAGACUUUGGCAUCAGUUACUACUCUACACAGAUCAGGCUCAUGUGCAGAAUUGUGCCUGGAGAGAGAGGUCUGGUUAAAACAGAUACUUCUGGAAACUUUCAAAUUGCAAAUGGAAACUUGGACCCACUGUUUAAAGAGGAACGUACUGGAAAAAAUAAUCUGAAGAGUUGACAAAUUGUGUACUAGAUUGAACUAUGGAAUGCAAUGCAAUGAGACUUUCUGCACUAAAACUUAUCCUAAUAUGUACAACAAUGUUGUGUGUAUUAUAUAACAGUGAUGUGUACAUUUCUGACACCCCAUACAUGAUAUACACAGUUUGUACAAAUGCAUACAUUUAAAAAUAUAUAUGUACAAUACAGCUAACAUAAAACUGUAGUACGCCUGACGGAUAUUACUAGUGCCUAAUAUGGAGUGUAAGUCACUGCGUGUUCACAUCACCUUGGAAGUGCAGUCAUUGUUAUAAAAUUAAUCAGUGCAGCCAACAUUAUGAACCACAUCUUUGAAACUGUGCAGUAGCAUAUACAUAUAUAUUUUUAAAUAACAUUUUUCACAGUUUUCCAGAGUUACUGUUGAAAUCUGUAUCACCAAAAAAAGCAAGAUUUUUUUAAUGAUGUAGACACUCUUCAGACCCAGUUAUCUGCGUGUGAUUUCCUGUUUGUAGAUACCGAAGAGACUUCAGCGGUCAACAGCCUUAACGCAUGUACAGGAUAUUAUUGUGACUUAAUUUAUCUGCAGUUUUUAAUCCAUGUGAAAUUGGAAUUUAUAAACGGACUUGGAUUAAAUAUGUCUGCCUUUCUAAGGUUGCAAGCGUUACAUUAAAUGAUCUAUGUUAUACAUGAGAAAAAUCAAGUUGUACGUAAAAAAAAUGUCCAACCAUUUCUGUGAAUAUUUUUAUGAGAAAACGUUAGAAUUGAAAUAUGUUCAUCAAUGUUCUGGAUCCAGCUCAUAAUCUCUUUAAAAGCAACCUCCUUGUUUCAUGGAUGUUUUCAGUGUGACUCCCACAGAUUAAUAUUGCCAAGUCUGAUACUGUUCAUGGGAAAAAAUACACAUGUCUCUAUUGUGACACCAUAGUUUACUACUUAUCUUUCCCAUAUCUGAUACUGUACAAUAUGUUACAUAUGUGUGUGUGCACACAGGUAAGGACUCUCCAAAGGACACCUGUUCAGACAGUAGCCCUGGGACACUUCAGCUCAACAUCUUUUCAAGUCACACUUACUCCUCCCUCACUUGUGUGCCAGGCUUUUCCAACUCAAACCAAUGUGGUAGAAUUGUGCUUGCAACAUUUGGUUAAGUAAAACGAGUAAAUUCUGAACUCAAGAUGGAACCAUUAGAGCAGUGGCUAGACUUGAAUGGCUGCUAGGUGGGAGAGGUUUUAUUAACCUCAUUUUCCCUCUUCCCUUCUUCCCUUUUCCUUCUCCCCAAACUAAAUUAAAGAAGCAGAAAUAACCACAAAAACAAAACAACUACUUCACCUUAUCCAGACCAUAUCCCUAAGUUGCAAUACCACCUUGUCUUUUUCCCCACUACACUGUCUUGCACAAGUCACAUGUUAGAGGGAAAACUUGGGAAGGGUUUGCUUCUGGGCAGACAGAUCAGUUGAGUCCUCAUCAGCCCAGCAGAGUGCAACAGGACUCUGGGCUCGGGUCAUCCAGGAGGCUGCCUCUUCCCACAGACAAGAGACCUGGCAUUGUCACUUCGAGGACACUGAGCCCAAUGUGCUUUCAGGUUGGGCAAGAAGCACUCUGCACUGUUUUUCUCUUAGGCAGCUUUGCCAGCUACAUGGCUGACAUCUAUUUUUAAGAAGUAUCACAUUGUCCAUGAAACUUGGAUCAACUGCAGUCUUGAAAGAUGGUUUUAAUAGAACAAAAAUUAAAACAACCCCAUACACCACAUCUCCAACUAUUUGGAGCCGGAGUUUCUUUCCUCGUUUGCCCAUUCCCAGAAGAGCAAAUCCUGAUGAAUAGCACAAGAAAACAUUCCCAUGUGAGAUGUGUGUCCUCUUUGUCCAAAUUACUCUGUCAGAGGGGUUAACUUGUUUGUUUAGCAUGAGAAAAAUUAUAAAUCUCUGUUCUCUAAUUGCAUCUGAC